GUGGGCAGGGGCCGGGCGGGCUCCGCGCCGCGCCGGCAGGUACCGGGGUCCGCGACCGCUCGGGUUUCCAAAGGGCGUAUUUAUCUUUCAGAGUGCUGCCUGAGUGUCGCUUAAUCAUUAAGCAUCUGAUUUCCUCCAAGUUAUCUGUCAUGCUGCUCAUGAUCUAGUGCCCAGCAGGGAGGGACGCGGAGGAUUUCGGCCAUGGCCCCGAGGAAGAGGAGCGGUCGGGGGAUCUCCUUCAUCUUCUGCUGCUUUCGCAGCAGCGACCACCCUGAGAUCACGUACCGCCUGCGCAAUGACAGCAGCUUCGCCCUGCAGACCAUGGAGCCCGCGCUGCCCAUGCCUCCAGUGGAGGAGCUGGAUGUCAUGUUCACCGAGCUGGUGGAUGAACUUGACCUCACGGACAAGCACAGAGAAGCGAUGUUUGCGCUGCCGGCAGAGAAGAAGUGGCAGAUCUACUGCAGCAAGAAAAAAGACCAGGAAGAAAAUAAAGGAGCCACCAGCUGGCCAGAGUUUUAUAUCGACCAGCUGAACUCCAUGGCUGCUAGGAAAUCGCUGAUUGCUUUGGAAAAAGAAGACGAGGAGGAGAGGAACAAAACAAUAGAAAGUUUGAAGACUGCACUGAGGACAAAACCAAUGAGGUUUGUAACCCGGUUCAUCGACCUGGAUGGCUUGUCGUGUAUUCUGAACUUCCUCAAAAGUAUGGACUAUGAGACAGCAGAGUCUCGAAUACAUACCUCGCUCAUUGGAUGUAUAAAAGCACUAAUGAACAACUCCCUGGGCCGGGCUCACGUCCUGGCCCAUUCGGAGAGCAUUAAUGUAAUCGCUCAGAGUCUGAGCACGGAGAAUAUUAAGACGAAGGUGGCAGUGCUGGAAAUCAUGGGCGCUGUGUGCCUGGUUCCCGGCGGCCACAAAAAGGUACUGGAGGCUAUGCUGCACUACCAGAAAUAUGCCAGCGAACGGACUCGUUUUCAGACGCUGAUCAAUGACCUGGACAAGAGCACGGGGCGGUAUCGGGAUGAAGUGAGCCUCAAGACAGCGAUCAUGUCCUUCAUCAACGCAGUCCUGAGCCAGGGAGCAGGCGUGGAAAGCCUGGAUUUCAGACUGCACCUGAGAUACGAAUUUCUCAUGCUUGGGAUCCAGCCAGUCAUUGACAAACUAAGAGAGCAUGAAAACUCAACCCUAGACCGGCAUUUAGAUUUUUUCGAAAUGCUUAGAAAUGAAGACGAACUGGAAUUUGCCAAAAGAUUUGAGCUGGUUCACAUAGACACCAAAAGCGCAACUCAGAUGUUCGAGCUGACGAGGAAGAGGCUGACUCACACAGAGGCCUACCCGCACUUUAUGUCCAUCCUGCACCACUGUCUCCAAAUGCCUUAUAAAAGAAGCGGUAACACCGUCCAGUACUGGCUGCUGCUGGACAGGAUCAUCCAGCAGAUCGUCAUUCAGAGUGACAAAGGGCAGGACCCCGACGCCACUCCCCUGGAAAACUUCAAUAUCAAAAACGUCGUCCGAAUGUUAGUCAAUGAAAAUGAAGUCAAACAGUGGAAAGAGCAAGCAGAAAAAAUGCGAAAAGAGCACACCGAGCUUCAACAGAAGCUGGAGAAGAAGGAGCGGGAGUGCGAUGCCAAGGCCCAGGAGAAGGAAGAAAUGAUGCAGACACUGAACAAGAUGAAGGAGAAGCUGGAGAAGGAGUCCAGUGAGCACAAGCAGGUCAAGCAGCAGGUGGCGGAUCUCACAGCACAGCUCCAUGAGAUGAGCAGGAGGGCGAUCUGUGCUGCCGGCCCUGGAGGACCUCCCUUGCCACCAGGAGCUCCUGGUGGCCCUUUACCUUCUCCAGCUCCAGGAUCCCUCCUUCCCCCUCCUCCACCACCACCGCCACCACCGGGGGGCUGUCCCCCACCACCACCACCACCACCGCCCCCUCCGGGUGGCCCCCCUCCACCCCCCGGCCCCCCACCCCUGGAUGGGGUGAUGCCCCCCCCAGGAGCACCGCUGGGCUUUGCCCUGAAGAAGAAGAGCAUCCCGCAGCCGACAAACGCCCUCAAGUCCUUCAACUGGUCCAAGCUGCCAGAGAACAAGCUGGCAGGCACCGUGUGGACCGACAUAGAUGAUGCAAAAGUGUUUAAAAUCCUGGACCUCGAAGACCUGGAAAGGACGUUCUCCGCCUACCAAAGACAGCAGAAGGAAGAUGCUAUCGACGACACGUUGAGCUCCCGACACAAAGUCAAGGAGCUCUCAGUCAUAGACGGCCGGAGAGCUCAGAACUGCAACAUCCUGCUCUCCAGGCUGAAACUCUCGAACGAGGAGAUCAAACGAGCCAUUUUGACGAUGGACGAGCAGGAGGACCUCCCAAAAGACAUGUUGGAGCAGCUCCUGAAGUUUGUUCCAGAAAAGGGUGACAUUGACCUGCUGGAAGAGCAUAAGCAUGAGCUGGACCGCAUGGCCAAGGCUGACCGGUUCCUCUUCGAAAUGAGCAGGAUAAACCAUUAUCAGCAAAGGCUGCAGUCCCUCUACUUCAAGAAGAAGUUUGCGGAGAGAGUUGCAGAAGUCAAGCCCAAGGUGGAAGCCAUCCGCGCCGGCUCCAAGGCGGUGCUGCAGAGCAGCAGCCUCCAGCAGCUGCUGGAGGUGGUCCUGGCCUUCGGCAACUACAUGAACAAAGGGCAGAGGGGAAACGCUUUCGGGUUUAAAAUCUCCAGCCUCAACAAGAUCGCGGACACCAAGUCCAGCAUUGACAAGAACAUUACUCUUCUGCACUAUCUCAUCACAAUCGUCGAGAAGAAAUAUCCCAAAGUCCUCCGCCUGCACGAGGAGCUGCGAGACAUCCCGCAGGCGGCCAAAGUCAACAUGACUGAGCUGGAGAAAGAAAUAAACACUCUGAGGAGCGGCCUAAGAGCGGUGGAAGCUGAGCUGGACUUUCAGAAGUCUCAAGUUCAGCAAACAGGAGACAAAUUUGUGUCUGUCGUCAGCCAGUUCAUCACGUUAGCCAGCUUCAGCUUCUCAGAUGUUGAAGAUCUUCUGGCAGAGGCAAAAGAGCUGUUUUCCAAGGCCGUGAAGCACUUUGGAGAAGACACAGACAAAAUACAGCCCGACGAGUUCUUCGGCAUCUUCGAUCAGUUCCUUCAAGCCGUGACGGAGGCCAAGCAGGAGAACGAGAACAUGAGGAGAAGGAAGGAGGAGGAGGAGCGCCGGGCGCGCAUGGAGGCCCAGCUGAAGGAGCAGCGGGAGCGGGAGCGCAAGGCGAGGAAGGCAAAGGAGAGCAGCGAGGAGGGCGGUGAGUUCGACGACCUCGUCUCAGCCCUGCGCUCGGGCGAGGUCUUCGACAAGGACCUCUCCAAGCUGAAGCGCAACCGCAAGCGCAUUGCCAACCAGCUGGCCGACAGCGGCCGCGAGCGGCCCGUCACCAAGCUCAACUUCUGAGCGGCAGAAGAGACGGAAAACAACGAAAACCAUGAGUUUAGAAACCUGGUUAGCAGUCUUUUUUGAAGUGGCUAGGAUUAUUUUUUUUUAUUAUACUGCCUUGCAAUUCCAAGCGAAACAGUGGCACGCUCUUUCUCCCUGCGGGUGAGUGUGUGUGUAAGUACCAUGAGUACGGUCGGGUCAGGUGGAGCUGUGCAUCCGUGCGGGUGCUCAUCCCCUCCCCUCUGUCCCCUUCGACAAGUGGCUCUCCCAAGGCACAAGCACAAUGUCACGUCCGUGGAGAAAGAGAGGACUUGAGCACAGAGACACCCGCCUUCCUCGUGGUGGUCCACAAAGGUGAUGGAGAGCUGCUCCACGUUGCUCUCCCGCCCCGAUGCCUGGGCACUGAGCGGGGCCAUUUGCUGGGACGCCUUGCACACAACCCCGGCAGAAAAGAGGAAAAAGCUAAGUUGACUGGACUUGAUGAGGUUUUUUUCGGUGUCGUGGUUAUUCCCAAAACUUGCACUUCUGUGCUUACAUGCUGGUCCCCAAGCUCGGUGCCACGAGCGCUCCCGGUGAUGCUCUUCUUCCCGUCAUUUUUGGGAAACGCUCUUCUUUUCCUUUUACCUUGCUAAAGGAAAAGUUUCCCCGAGUGUGCUUAUUGCUCACACAGCACCCAGGUGUAUUUAUACUUUUAUAACGUUUCCUGGCCCGAGAUGGCGGGAAGGGUUGGUUCUCGGACGCGACAAGGAGCAUAAACUUUCGUGUUGUAAUUUUUAUUCUUGCUUUCUGUUCAAUGGGACAAACUGUAUCCUCUGUAGAUGUCGGUCAGGACGGAAGGUCACCCGGCGUACAACGGGGCCGGUGCAAAACUCGCGGGCUCGCACCUGCGCCCGCCUUCUUUUCUGUUCUUGUUUUUCUUUUUUUUAAUGGACACCAGAAGCAACGAUGCCAAGAAAUGUGUCUCUUCGCGGUGUCCUUUUUUUGACUGGUUUGCUGUUCAAUGUCCUUGCAAAUUUGUAAGCAGAACUACCUGUAAAAUGUCAGUCCAAAAAAAAAAAAAAGAAAAUAAUAAAAAGAAUUCAAAGCUCUCAGGGAGUAAUAAUUUAAAGGUUUAGAAAAUUAAAAAUUGGAGAAUAAAAAGUAAACGCCAUUAACAUAUUAACAUUUCUAUUCUUAAAUUAUGCUGAGUAUAUAAAGGACUGUUACUUUUUGCUUUUAUUUAUUUGUGGUGUGUUUUUUGAGGAAACAAGACAAAACCUUUUUAUACCACCAAUACUUUUGUGAUCCUUUUUUAUUUGUUUGUUCUUUUUCCUGUGGAGAGAUGAGUUUGUCCCUGUUGCACUAGAUAUUAACACUAUUUGAAAUAAGUUUUUUUUUUUUUUGUCAGAUAAUCGGUAUUGCUGAUGGGGUAUGGGAUGUCAGUGAACUAUAUGUACUGU